AUGCUAGACGCGCAGCUCGGGAAGAACGCCGACGAGCCCGCGAGGCUCGCGAUCGCGAAGCGGCGCCGCCGCCGCCGCCGAUGGACGAAGAAGAAGCCCGCAGAGCCAGGAAGGAAGCCAGGCGUGCUGCGCGUGCCGCGGCCGAAGGCACCGACGCGGAAGAGAUGUAUCACCACCGCUCCAGCCGGCGAACCCGGGAGUCCGGGGACGAAGGCAUGCACUCCUCGCGACACCGAUACAGACGCAACGAGGAGUCAAAGCCGGCGUGGCCCCACUCCGGAACGUCAUCGUGGGUCAAGGAGCACACCGACGCCGGCCCGCCUCCGGACGAUGGCGGACAACAGACGGACGCCGUGCCCCAGACCGAAGAUGAGGCACGUCGUGAGCGGCGCGAGCGCCGUCGCAGGGCCAGGUACGAGGACGGUACUGCCGACGAGGCCGAUGAUCGCCGCCGCAGAGCCCGGCGCGAAGAGCGUGAGCGUCGGACGUACGGCGGUAGCGGGAGCGACGAGCGGCGUCGGCAGGCCAUGUUUUCCGAUGCGACGGCUACGCCGCGGAGUAGCUGGUGGAGAAAGCUGA